UGCGUUCUGCGCAUGGCAUGUGUGAGUCAAGCGGAAUCGCUCACAAGCUAGUUCACACACUUCACAGCCCAGCGGCAAAUACAAUUUAUCCAAAGAUGUUGAUGUUAUUGUCUGCGACAAUUGUAUUCCACUCGAUCUUCAAGUAAAAUGCCAACAGAGAUGAACCAUUCAUCCAGAACGGCACGUGAUCACGAGCAAGGUAUAGAGCUCCAGCUGUCUUAAGAAGAUGUUAGCAGCUAAGAGGACCGGAGCAGGAUCCCAGCCUCGUGAAACCCAGCUUGUGACGCCUGUCUGAGACAGACAUCCUCUACGCUCCCGAGUGUGGACAAUAUGCUAUCACUCGAUUGUCAUAUGUAUCCGGCUAAAAACGGAGCCCACUGUUGAUACAACCAGUGUUUCCCCUACUGGCAACAACACAGUCACAACCAGGCUCGAAAACAAUAACCUCAAAACAUAGAUCCCCAUCACUGACACACAGUUUAAUCCUAAAUCGGACACAGACACUAUGGCUGUUCCAGGUUCAGAUAUGAUAGUUACCAAAGAGGCUGAUCCCAAUGCAGUCAAGAGACAGCGGACCAGACAGGAGGAUGAGGAGUCGUGCCAGCCUUCUGGUAUGCCGCUGGGCUGGGUGAGAGUGGUGAGGCAGAGGAAAAGUGGGAAGACUGCAGGCAAACUGGACAUCUAUAUAACGAGUCCCCAGGGACAGAGGUUCCGGUCCAGGGCCUCUCUUCAAGCCUUCCUUCUCAACGAUGCAGGAGGGGAUCUACAGAUAGAUGAUUUUGACUUCCCCAAAGCCAAGAGUGGCAGUGUAGCUGUGACUCCGCUGCCAAGCCAGGAGAGACAGAGGAAAGUUCAUCAGGAACACACACGUCAUACCUCAGAGGCCAAUAUCAAAGAAGACAGGCAGAACACAGAGGAGAACAUGGAAGAGGGCAGAAUAUUAAGCCGGCCUCCGAAUAACACAAAAAUAGCCUCUUCCGCAAAAUCCUGCAAGCAGAGGACCAGACCCAGAGACAAGAGAACGAUAUCAACUCAUCAGAGGCCUGCCAUGCCUCCCUUGGCAAGGGGGAACCACAGACGGGCAGCUGGGAGAGGCACAGAAACGGGCCACCCAUCAGACACAAAUGAAGACAUCAAAGAGACAAACAUACAAGCCUCUGUGAGAAGGGGUGAGGAUGAUGAGACUGAGAGGCGUCCGAAGGUUGUGGCGGUAGUUGACGAUGUCAUACCGGAGAAGAGCCCCCAGAGGAGGCCGGGGCUGCUGAGAGAAAAGCUGCUCAGGCUGGUCCCGCCCACUGAUCUACAAGAUGCUCUCAUUGGUCGAGAAGAACAGCUUCCUGUGCCACUGUUACUCGUCCCAGUCCUUAGGGUGCAGUCUGCUUCUGAGAGCGAGGGGGAGGCUGAGUCUGAGGGUGUGGGAGUGGGGGAGACUGAGGGAGUGGAGGAUAUAGAGGCAGAGGUGCAUGACGAAGAGCUGCCAUCUCCCCAGACCACUGGAGGGCGCUGUACACCACUGAAAGAUUCCCAGAGCAAACUGUUAGGAGAGAAACGGAAGACCAGUCCUUAUUUCAGCCGGAAGUCAAUGAGAGAUGGUCUGAGCCCCCCCAGGAGGAAAGCCUUAAGGAAGUGGACCCCUCCUCGCUCCCCCUUCCACCUGGUGCAGGAGACCCUUUUCCACGACCCCUGGAAACUCCUGGUAGCCACCGUGUUCCUCAACAAAACCAGCGGUAAAAUGGCCAUCCCGGUGUUGUGGCAGUUCUUUAAGCUUUACCCAUCAGCGGAGGAGACCAGGGGGGCAGAGUGGAAGCCCCUGUCUGUGCUGCUGAGGUCUUUGGGCCUGUAUGAACUGCGAGCCAAAAUCAUCAUCAGGUUCUCUGAUGAAUACCUGACCAAGCAGUGGCGCUACCCUAUAGAGCUGCAUGGGAUUGGGAAGUACGGCAAUGACUCCUACAGGAUCUUCUGUGUAGAGGAGUGGAGACAGGUUGAACCCCAGGACCACAUGCUGAACAAGUACCAUGCUUGGCUGUGGGAGAACCACGAGAGGUUGGGAAUCUGAACCAUGACGAACUGCAAUGUCACAACAUGUUUUAUCAGUGGAAGAAUGUUCUAGUUCUUAAAUCAUUAGGCUUAUAACCUGACAUAUUGGUAUCUCUCUUGGACAACAAUUGUUACUCAACGUGAUUGUAUUAAAGAAAUUGUUUUAUCAUGUUUUCAAAAGCC